AUGGACGCCUUGGCUGGGGUGAACACCUUAGCUGAAGUGGACACCUUGACUAGGGUGGACACCUUAGCUGGGGUGGACACCUUUCACCAGCAGAGCAGCCGUCCCUUCCCAGUGCAGGCGUGCUGCUUUGAGAAAGCGGUCCUGGAGUCCGGGAGAGUUGUCAAGGACAAUAAGCUGCUUAUCCGGAGGAUCCACUCCCUGCCGCCACGGCUCCUGGGGGCCAGCCCAGCCCUGAAGAACAUCUCCAACGCCAAGGAGUUCAACGGCCCGAGGAGCAAUGAGCAGCAGGGGCGGCGGGGGGCCCCGGACGAUGAGGGUUUUGUGUUCAAGAAGCCGCAGAGGCCGGGUUACCGCAGCCGGGUGCACACGUUCGACGGGGCUCCGGCGAAGGACCCCUUCGCACAGAGACCCAGCUCUGCUCCCGACCUCCUGUUCGACACCCCUGAGAAGGAAAACGUGCCCGAGGGCGAGAGCCCUGUGAUGCUGCGCCGUUGCUCCCUGACCUCCUCCAUGACUGAGGAGGAAGAUGAUGGUUUCAUGGAGAUCCUGGAUGAGGAGGACAUGAAGAGUGAUGCGGACGUGCCGCAGGGGAUGGAGAACCUGCUCACCGCCCCGCUGGUGAAGAAGGAGGAGGCAGAGCCGCGGCCAGUGAAGCGCAGCAAGUGCCGGCAGCUCUUCCGGUCGCCCUCGAUGCCCAGCAGCGUGAUCAGGCCCAUCCUGAAGCGGAUAGACAGGCCCCUGGACAGAGACACCCCGGUCAAGACCAAGCGGCGGAGGAGCGUGGCCGGCACCCCCGGGGAGGAGAAGGUGGCCGAGCCGAAAGCGCGGCUGAUGCGCUCCAGGUCCUUCUGCCACGAGGAGAUCGAGAACAUGCUGGCCAACGACCACCGGGAGCUCAUUGGAGACUUCUCCAAGGCGUACCUCCUGCAGACGGUGGAAGGGAAGCACCAGGACCUGAAGUACAUCUCCCCGGAGAUGAUGGUGGCGGUGCUGAACGGGCAGUUCAGCAGCCUCAUCGAGAGCUGCGUGAUCGUGGACUGCCGAUACCCCUACGAGUACGAGGGAGGCCACAUCAAGGGGGCUGUCAACCUGCCGAUGGAGCAGGAUGUGGAGGAUUUCCUGCUCAAAAAGCCCAUCGUGCCCUUUGACGCCGCGAAGAGGGUGAUAGUGAUAUUCCACUGUGAAUUUUCCUCCGAGAGGGGUCCCAGGAUGUGCCGCUUUGUCCGGGAGAAGGACCGUGCCUGUAACGAGUACCCCCACCUGCACUACCCUGAGCUGUACGUCCUGAAAGGUGGCUACCGCGAGUUCUUCCCCCAGUACCAGGUGCACUGCGAGCCCCAGGACUACCGGCCCAUGCACCACGAGGACUUCAAGGAGGACCUGCGCAAGUGCCGCCUCAAGAGCCGCACCUGGGCGGGCGAGCGCAGCAAGCGUGAGCUCUACAGUCGCCUCAAAAACUUCUGAGCCGGAGCUGCCUGCCCCCGCGGAGACGCCGGACGCCUGCCCGGCGCUGCCCUUGCUCCUCCGCAUCCUCCGGGCCGGGCUCCCUCUGCCAUGCUGUGAAGUCUCCUGUGGUUUUGGCCCAUCUCUGGUGC